AUGCUGGUUAUUAUAGCUUUGGUUUCACCAAAUAUAAUCAACGCACGUCGUCACCAUCACAGACCUGAGUCUUUGGAACGCCAACAACGACAAAAAAUUGAAUUUCCAAAAGCCUGUAUAGCGAGUUUAGCUACUAACAAUUGGGCUGGUUGUGCAAUAGACUUAGGUAAGAUCAUUUGGUCGCUAAAUACAUGGAGUGAUGAUCAAUCUAUUAAAAUAUGCAACGUUGAUUGUGUGGGCAAUUUGAAAGGACGUAUUCACAAACUAGAAUGGGUUUGGGAUGCUAAAUUUCAGUGCGAAGCACGAGCUCCAGGUAUUGUGGGUGAAGGGCGAGGAAAAGCUAGUCGUCAAGGUGCAAUGGAAGAAGGUAUAAAAGAAUUUAUUUUAGCUGCCAUCAAUGCCGAAAAGACGAAUCUUUAUCCAAUCAUAGAUAGGAAAGCAAAUUUUCAUCAUAAUAGUGAUGAUCUUGACAAAUCUUCAUUGUCAUUUCAACUCUAUUAUAUCCACCUAAUGGCGCAUCUGAUCCACAUCGAUUUGAAUAUGCGGGAAAAGGUGUUAUCGAUUGUAGUUUUAUCGGUGGAACAGAUGAAAAAGCGGCAUAUUCAGAUGAAACAACAGGAACAGCAUCGAAUUUUAGUAUUUACUUGGUUUUUGAUCUUAGACUUUGAUACUCAAGAAAGACAUUUACUCUUGGUACUCAAGAAAGCGCCUCAUGGAAUCCAAAGAACUAACAUUUUUAUUUCAUCUCUCAUUUUUGAUAAAUCUUCAAUUACAACGAAACGUACAAUUACGACUACGGCUCAUACAUCGAAAUGGCGCCUGGUUGGGAAGAUGAUUGAAGCACGAACGGAUGCUACAUUGACUAUUUUAAAGAACAGAAAAGUACUAAUUACAGGUGGAGGCACUAGUAGCUUUCUACGAAGUACCAAAUUACAUGAUGCAUCAACAGGAAAUUGA